ACCGGGCCCCUGAUCCGUGUUCCGCUCUUCACCAAAUAGGGAAAAUACAAAAUAUGGCUCGAGUGUGGAACGCGGUUGCUUGCACGGCAUUGCACCAGCGUGCUGACUGCACACUUUCUUCGCACACUCCGACUGACGACAACACGGAAGAAUGCAACUGCUGCCUAGCUGGCAAUCAAUUCACGAUGCAUGAAGAUGGUGCACGUACGGCAGGCAUUAGCCGUGCACUGCUAAAUGUGGCAUUUUACACCCCCAAAACAGUCACACAAUGUAAGAUCACGACACGCAACAACAAAACAACGACGAUCGCGAGCAGCAGCGAAAAAAGCUCCGAUUUCGUUUCCAGCGUUUUUGCUGGGUGGAAGAACCACUGCACACAGGAACAGCUGAACACUGGGGGUCCAGCAGAGUGACGUUGAUUGGCUGCUAAAUGCUUACAAUGGAAAUUAAUUGAAAGUACAAAAAUUGUGGAGCGCUAAAUUGCAAUUUUAA